AUGCUGUUCGCCGUCGUCGCAACUCUGGUCGGCGGCCUGGCGUCGUUUGCGGCUGCUAAUCUCCCUGGGACGCUGCCUUCAUAUCACUAUGGCGCGCCAAUCCACGUCGAGUGCAUGAACCGAAGCUCUGAUACGGGCGAGCAUGUCGAACUACCAAACCACCAGCUGCAAUGGAUCCCCUUCCCGACCUGCAACGAAACCGGCGAGCCUCUGCAGUUCCAGUACGGCGUCGAGGGCGAGCUCAACUGCACCAUCCCGCUCAUCACCGACCCCUUCUUCCACCUGCUCGAGUUCUACAUCCACAACGACGCGCCGCUCUCGUGCCGCCUGCCCGCCCGCCCUCCAGCCCACGUCGAGGUCAUUGGCGAGAAGCUGCCGGAGCAGGAGUACAUCCCCCUGAUAUUCGCCCUGGCCGGCACGCUGCAGCUCAGUCACAUGCACAUCAGCACGCACAUGAACGUGCUGCUGCACAGCAUGCCCAAGCACCACACGCAUCACCACGACAGCGGCGUGCUCGACUCGGCCGUUUCUUACAGCACCAGUCCGUUGAGCCACAUGGCUGGGUCCUUCACCAAGAAGCUUGUGAUUGGAGAUCCGCUGCCGUUUACCUUCUCUGUGCGAUGGUUCCCGACGCCGAUGCUGCCCAAGACGGAGGGCAGGGUGGAGUGGCAAGGUUUGGGAGGACACAUCUAUGCAAGCACCGUCUUUUACAGUCUGGUCUCGUUCAUUGCUGGACUUCUGGUUGCUGGCAUGUAUACCAUGGGUGUGAUUCUGCCCAGGAGACUCAAGGGACGGACCAUGGGCGGAGCUACGCCGCUGGGCUAUGGCGUGGGUAAUGGAUGGGGAUACUCUAAGAGAAAGGACUAA